UACUGGAAGUGAAUUUCCUGUGCAGUGGGUGACUUUCACCGUGUGACAAGUGGAUUGGUAAACUGUUUGCAGAAGAUACAUAAACAUAGACGUGUUUGUAAAAUAACGAGGCGUUGUGUGGUUCAUAAAGUCAUGUAAAACGAAAUAGACGCGUUGCUUUGAUCUAUAAAUACAGUUAACAAAAACACAACAAUAACAAUAUUUUGUAAGUCUAUUGCAAGGAUUCGUUUUCCAGUUUCAUGUUAUGGGCAGGAAGAGGAGUUUGUGCUGGUGCCGGACGGCCAAUGUUGUCAGAUUUAAAUGUCUUGUUUUUAAGCAGGUGUACGUAACAUAGUAUCAGGAAGGUGUAACCAUGCCAGGAAAGCUAAAGGUUAGAAUUGUCGCUGGACGACAUCUGCCUGUUAUGGACAGGGCCAGCGACCUAACUGAUGCUUUUGUAGAGGUAAAAUUUGGAAACACAACAUUUAAGACAGAUGUUUUUCCCAAAUCCCUAAAUCCCCAGUGGAACUCAGAGUGGUUUAAAUUUGAGGUGGAUGAUGAAGACUUACAAGACGAGCCACUGCAAAUCACAGUUCUUGACCAUGAUACCUACAGUGCCAAUGAUGCUAUUGGCAAAGUUUAUAUAGAUAUUGAUCCUCUGCUAUCCAGCGAAGCUGCUACUGUAAUCUCUGGGUGGUUUCCAAUUUAUGACACUAUACAUGGUAUACGAGGGGAAAUAAAUGUUGUUGUUAAGGUGGACCUGUUUAAUGACUUAAACCGUUUUAGACAGUCAUCGUGUGGAGUCAAGUUCUUUUGCACUACAUCCAUUCCUAAGUGCUAUAAGGUAGUUACAGUCCAUGGAUUCGUAGAGGAAUUGGUGGUGAAUGAAGACCCAGAGUACCAGUGGAUUGACAGAAUCAGAACACCCCGGGCAUCCAAUGAAGCACGACAGAGACUCAUCUCUCUGAUGUCUGGUGAGCUUCAAAGGAAGAUUGGCUUAAAGGUUCUGGAAAUGGGAGGCAAUGCAGUUGUGGGCUACCUUCAAUGCUUCGAUCUAGAGGGAGAGUCUGGGCUAGUAGUACGAGCUAUUGGAACAGCCUGUACCCUGGAUAAACUAAGUAACCCUUCUGCAGCACUCCUACCUGCAUGCAAUUCCCCAUCCAAAGAAAUAAAAGAGGUUCCCUUCAGUGAAGAUCCCAACCCUAAUACUCAUUCAUCAGGACCCUCCACCCCACUGAAAAACCAAACCUAUUCCUUUUCACCUUCCAAGUCCUACAGUCGACAGUCCUCUUCUUCUGACACAGAUUUGAGUUUGACACCUAAAACUGCCACUUCCCCCACGGGGCCUAGGAUUUGCCUGAGUCCCAGCUCCCCUACUCUGUCCUCUGAUUUCCUAACUCUUACAAACACUUUUCAACUUCCCAUGGGGUCUGGGACUAGUCUUACUCCUCACUCUGGCCAUGCAAACCCAGUUGGUCUGAGGAAAACUGUCUCUUUCAGUGAGGAUUUGCUUCUGGCUGCCUCUGGAAUGGGAAGUGGUGGGAGUGCUGGGAAGGAAGGAGGACCACUAAAAACCCUUUUAAGGCAACAGACCCAGACAGCGCUUGAGCAGAGGGGAGGAUCGCCUCGUAUGUUCAGGAGGCGGGAAUUCCCAUUUUUCACCCUGACAUGUUUUCCUCCGGGUUUCCUUGUCCAUGUUGGUGGUGUAGUCAGUGCACGGUCAGUGAAGCUUCUGGAUCGUAUCCACAAUCCUGCCUUUGUCGGAAUAAUGGGUAACACAAGAUCAUACAAACUGCUAGACUGGAAUAGUUUCUCUGCAGAUGAACCUGAAACCCGUGAUGCCUGGUGGGAAGAAAUCAGACAAGAGAUCAAAUCUCACGCCAAAGCACUAGGAUGUCACGCUGUGAUUGGCUACAGUGAAUCAACCAGCAUCUGUGAAGAAGUCUGCAUCCUAUCUGCAUCUGGCACAGCAGCAGUACUUAAUCCCAAAUUCCUCCAAGAUGGCAGCUUGGAUGGCUGCAGUGAACACAGGUUGUCAAGGCAGCCUACCUACUUUUCCACAGGGUCAGAGAAGGGAGAGUUUGAUUUUUUGCCUCUGAGCAAGGAUAGUUCUUCCGUGUUAGGAUUAGAAGAGCCUUCUCCUCCCAGUUGUGGGUUUUGCCAUAUCCCCUAUGAUGAGCUCAACAUGCCUUUCCCAGCACAUCUCACCUACUGCUAUAACUGCCGGAAGCAGAAAGUCCCAGAUGUACUUUUUACAACAGUAGAUUUGCCUGUAGAAGCUGCAGUAACUGGAAAAGGAUGCCUCAUCCAGGCCAGAUUAUGCCGUCUUAAGAAAAAGGCUCAGGGAGAGGCAAAUGCAACAGCCAUCAGUAACUUGCUGCCAUUCAUGGAAUACGAGCUGCACACCCAGCUAAUGAACAAGCUGAAACUAAGAGGAAUGAAUGCCCUCUUCGGACUCCGAAUUCAGAUCAGCGUAGGGGAAAACAUGCUGGUUGGGCUGGCAUCCGCUACAGGUGUCUAUCUCACUGCAUUGCCAACUCCCGGUGGUAUUCAGAUUGCUGGGAAGACGUCAAGUGAUAUAACCUACGAGCAACAUAUAUCAAACAUGCAGAAGAAGAUCAAUGACACCAUCGCUAAAAACAAAGAGCUUUAUGAGAUUACCCCUCCUAAAUUAUUUGCCCUGGAUCCAGAAGUGUCAACCUUCAAAGGCCAAAAUACGGAGAUGAGUGAGGAAAUUAUCGGAUCACCAAUUCCAGAACCUCGGCAGCGUUCCAGAAUCUUCAGGUCCCACUCAGAAAGCUCUGAUGAGAUUUCAGAGCUGGACCUGUCACAUGGAAAGAAGGAUGCCUUUGUUCUUGAGAUUGACGAUGCUGAUGCUGUAGAAGAUAUCCAUUCUUUACUAACAGAUGCCCCACUACCUGCAGGCUUUUACAGCUGCAAUACAGAGAUCAUGCCAGGGAUUUACAACUGGACAACUGGUUUACAGAUGUUUACCUCAGUGAGAGUAUUCAGGUUAAAUAAUGUCAAUCUUACAAACCAAGGACUCAACAAGAUUUUUAAUGAUCUGUGUGAGAAUCUGUUAAAGAGUCUGUAUUUUAAAUUGCGUUCCAUGAUCCCAUGCUGCCUCUGUCAUGUGAACUUUACAGUUGCUGUGCCAGAGGAUGAAUUAAUUCAGGUGGCUGUUACAGCUGUGGCAAUGACUUUUGACAAAGAUCAAGCUCAAGAGAGUUGGAAAGCUAGUGUCGAUAAGGCACUCAUGAAAGUCAUUGCCGAAAAUGAGGAACAGCUCCAGUUCCCAUUAGAACUGUGCUCUGACUCACCAGGUGCACAGCCCUUCUCACCCAGAAAAGGUACAGUCUCAUUAGGGCUACAGGAGAGUGUGAGCACACAGGCAAUCCCAGAAGCUCAGAGAGCCGCCUCAGUUGAGUACAGUUCCUUUGCAAACAGAUGCAACAGCUGGAUAGAGCUUGUUAAAGUGAAAGCUCUGACCAUAAGACGAGGAUCAAUUAAGACAACAUCUUCUCUUGAAAAAGCCAGUCCGCAGGCUCUAGGUCAUGCUCGUGUACGUUCUACUACAGCAUACACAGGCUCUACCAUUACAGUCGUCAAGAUGACUCCACUGUCUUUCAUCCCUGGAGCAAAAAUAGUCAAAUAUGUCGGCAUCAUCAACAUGUUCUUCAUUCGAGAGACCACGUCUCUACGUGAGGAAGGUGGUGUCAGUGGGUUUCUCCACGCUUUCAUUGCAGAGGUGUUUGCGAUGGUGAGAGCUCACGUUGCAGCUUUGGGAGGAAAUGCAGUUGUCUCUUAUAUAAUGAAAGAAUGCGUUUUCAUGGAGAAUCCAAAUAAAAAUCAGGCUCAGUGUCUUAUCAAUGUAAGUGGUGAUGCAGUAAUCUUUGUCCGUGAGUCUGAAUUAGAAGCUAUACCUGUACAGCCCCAGACAACUUCAUCGCAAGCUUCCAAUGGUGGCGCUGAUGUUACUACCUGAAGACAACUUAAAAGACUGUUCUCAGAGCAAACACGCGCAUUUCUGAACAGGGAGCCUUAAAUCCAUGUUACUUCCAGAUUCAGUCUUUCUCUCUAGUAUUCUCUACAACCUGUAAUGGGAUGAUCAGGAGUGAAGUGAUGUACAAAAUAAAAAUAAAUGUACAUUCAGUAACCUGGGCUCACAGGGACAGAAACCAUGAUUUCCAAAGCACGAACUCUGUUUAAACUUCCAUGUAAACAUGGUGUCCUCUGUAACUCCAUUAAAACAAAAUCUGUCCAUCGGUUUUAGAUAAGAAUCUGGACAUUACACGUGUCAGAAUUCAGGCAGCUUUACUCAGUGUUUUAUUUAAACACUUCCAGUUAAUUUACUGUAGCAUCUAAAAAUACAAUUUUCAAUUGAUCAAAACUGUGGCAAGUCUAUUUACCACAACUGAGAUCAUUAGAAUUUUUGUACCAACGUUAUUAAAAUCUCUUUAGUGUGUUUCUGUCUGUAAAAAUACAUAAAUUGAGUCUUAUUUAGUGAUUUAAAGGACAGUGGUAUUAAGAUCCACCAACAUCUAGAACGAUUGAAAGGCCUCAAUAUGUUUUACAACUCAGAAUGGUACGGUAAUCAUUCAAGUACUUUACAGGUAAACUGGAAGAAUAAGGCAGUAUAUGCCAUUUAAUGUAAGCUACAAUCAUGUUCAGUGUGUACCAAAUGAGUAGUAAUAAAUUCACUAUUACCUUCAUCAGCUGUAUCCACAUGGACAGUGAUUCUGUUAUAACUUUUUGCAGCUAAAUCUAGUGGCAAGUUAAUUGUCCAGCUUACAUUUCUGCACCAUUAUUCGCCUAACAUUGUGCUAAUAUACAUGUUUAAAUUGCUUUCUCAUAAUUGCUAAACUGUUUAGAAACAGCUUUUGAGUUGGUAUAAUAGCUUUAAAUUGGAAAGGAACAUACACAAUGUUAAUCUGACAGCUGUGCUUUCUUAAACUUGAAUUUCAUAAACUUGUGUACUACUGAACUUCUUUUUUGUUAUAUUUUGUUGUAGGUGCCACAAAACCCUUUAGUGUAAAUGUGUACGAAAAUCAGAAUGGUAUUUUUGUAAUACUGAAGUAAAGUAUUUAAGUAUGCAAUAGAUAUUGUGCAUGUUUGUCAAAUUUAAAACGUAGGUUUUAUUACUGAAAUGGACUGUGCUAUACAGCAAACAAUUUUGGUGGUAAUAGUAAUGCAGGUUUAUGUACAUUUAAGACAAAUGUACAUAUAGCACUGUAUAUGUUGCUUGUUUUAAUUGGCAGCAUGCUAGCCUUUCAUUUGAACUGCUGUUAUCUUUGACAUAAGCGUGAAGAUUUGUUCUUGCACAAUAAAAACUGCUAUUCAAGAA